UCGGGGCAAAGUGGGACUUAGACUCAUAGCCGAAGUGUCUCAGUUCCACAAAGCUUUUUUCCUACCGGCAUCUCUCUCUAACGAGCUUCUUACAGCUUUCUCCUUCAUAAAACCAUUGGACAAUGAGCGAGGAGCAUGGGCAUAAACACCACCAGAUGGACUCUGGUUCGCGGAUGAAUGAUUCUCACAAACAUAAAGACAAGCACAGAGACAAAGAGCACAAACACAAAGACCACAAGAAGGACAAGGAGAGAGAGAAAUCCAAGUAUAGUAACAGCGAUCACAGAGACUCGUCGGUGAAGAAGCACAAAGACAGGGAGAAAGAGAAGGUGAAACACAGAGAGGGCAGCACAGAGAGGCAUAAAGACAAAGAGAAGAGGAGGGAAGAGAAGAUCAAAUCCCACAGUUCUGAUGGCAAACAUAAGAGAGAGAAAGAGAACGGCUUUGCAAGUUUCCCUCAUAUUAAAACCGAAGAGGACAACGGCUACUGCUACUCCCCCAAACAAGAGAAGCAUGUGAAGCGAGAGAAAGAUGAGGAGGACUUUGAUUACAAACCCAAAAAGAUCAAAGCGGAAAACGAGAAAAAGGUUAAGAAACGGAAGAAGGAGGAAGACUAUGAUGACUAUGAGGAUGAAGAGGACAUAAAACCGAAGAAGAAGCUGAAAGAGAAAAAAGAGGAUCCAGCUGGAGGGAAGAAGAGAAGCAAGAAGGAGCCGGAGGAUAAAUGGAAAUGGUGGGAAGAAGAGAGAUACACAGAUGGCUCCAAAUGGAGGUUUUUGGAACAUAAAGGUCCCGUGUUUGCUCCUCCUUAUGAACCCCUCCCGGAACAUGUGAGGUUUUAUUAUGAUGGAAAACCCAUGAAACUGAGUGCAGAUGCUGAGGAGGUGGCAACGUUCUUUGGCAAAAUGCUUGACCAUGAGUACACAACCAAGGACAUAUUUAGGAAGAACUUCUUUAAAGACUGGAGGAAGGAAAUGACCUCAGAAGAGAAGUCAAAAAUCACUGACCUGAACAAGUGUAACUUUGGUGAGAUGCAUGAAUACUUCAAAGCUCAGUCUGAGGCUCGCAAACAGAUGACAAAAAAUGAUAAACAGAAAAUCAAAGAGGAAAACGAGCGAAUUGUUCAGGAGUAUGGCUACUGCGUGAUGGACAACCACAAAGAACGCAUCGGAAACUUCCGGAUUGAGCCGCCGGGGCUGUUCAGGGGCCGAGGAGACCACCCAAAGAUGGGCAUGCUGAAGAGACGCAUUCGGCCCGAGGACGUCAUCAUAAACUGCAGCAAAGAUUCGAAGCAUCCCAAACCUCCUCCAGGUACCCGGUGGAAGGAGGUUCGUCAUGACAACAAAGUCACCUGGCUGGCAUCGUGGACCGAGAACAUCCAGGGCUCCAUUAAAUACAUCAUGCUGAACCCCAGCUCCCGGAUUAAGGGAGAGAAGGACUGGCAGAAAUACGAGACGGCACGCAGGCUAAAGAAGUGUGUGGAGCGGAUCAGAGCGCAGUACCGAGAUGACUGGAAGAGUAAAGAGAUGAGGAUCAGACAGAGAGCUGUUGCUUUAUACUUCAUUGACAAGCUGGCUCUGAGAGCGGGGAAUGAGAAAGAAGAAGGAGAAACAGCAGAUACAGUGGGCUGCUGCUCACUCAGAGUGGAGCACAUUAAACUGUACCCAGAAUUGGACGGACAAGACUAUGUGGUGGAGUUCGACUUCCUGGGAAAAGACUCCAUCCGCUACUACAACAAAAUACCUGUGGAGAAAAGGGUGUUUAAAAAUCUCCAACUGUUUCUGGAGAAUAAGCAGCCGGAAGACGACCUGUUUGACCGACUUAAUACGUCAAUUCUGAAUAAACAUCUCCAGGAGCUGAUGGACGGACUGACAGCCAAAGUGUUUCGUACCUACAACGCCUCCAUCACCUUACAGCAGCAGCUCAAGGAGCUCACUACAUCUGAAGACAAUGUUCCAGCAAAGAUCCUCUCCUACAACAGAGCUAAUCGAGCUGUUGCUAUCCUCUGUAACCACCAGAGGGCACCGCCCAAAACCUUUGAGAAAUCCAUGCAGAACCUGCAGACCAAAAUUGAUGCAAAAAAGCAGCAGCUCUCCGCAGCCAAGAAGGACCUGAAAUCAGCCAAAGCAGAUGCAAAGACACUGCACGAUGAGAAAAGCAGAAAGGCGCUGGAGGCUAAGAAGAAGACUGUGGCGAGGAUUUCUGAACAGCUGAUGAAGCUGGAGGUGCAGGCUACCGACCGCGAGGAGAACAAACAGAUCGCUCUGGGCACGUCUAAGCUCAACUACCUGGACCCCCGUAUCUCUGUGGCCUGGUGUAAAAAAUUUGGAAUACCCAUCGAAAAGAUCUACAACAAAACCCAGCGAGAGAAGUUUGCCUGGGCUAUCGACAUGGCAGACAAAGACUUUGAGUUUUAAAGCUGACCAUUGUAGUAGCCUUCAUGUUGUUCCUUUUGCUAAAUGAAGUGACGUUAAGGUUUAGCUUUUAAUGAAUUAACCAUGUGCGCAACGUGAUGGGGGUGGGGGGGACGGGUUGGUGGGGAGGGGGCGAGGAAAAGGGAGGAGAGCGCAAAGGUAUUAGUCUGAGCAAAGAAACAGGACAUUCCCCAGUGAACGACAUGUUUCCCUCAGAGCAAGGCAACUAAAAACAAUCUAGUUGUAGUUAAAUGAAAUCAGAAAAGUCCCCAACAUUGAACCCUGCAGUACACCGCCACUUCAUACUAAUAAACACACCCUUGCUUUACAGAUUGCUUUGGGUUUAGCAUCUUAGUAAGGUUGUAGCCAUCAGAUUUAUUGAUGAAUUCUAUAUUUUAAUAGAGAAAACAAUAAAUCAAAGAGAUGUUUAAGGUCUGCACCCACACACCUGAACUAAGGAAAGCCAUUUGUGAAAGAGGAGUGUGUGCGAUUUCUCAGUGUGCGUGUUUUAGCUCCAGCAAGUCCAACACAAGAUGUGGAAAUGCAACCGAAUGUGAAUAUUCUAAAUACUCUUCAUGUUGUUUUUCAUUUUGUUUCUUUUGUUUUGCAGUUUCUAUCAGGGAUGUACAUUUCAUUUUUGAGUAUAUGUGAAAAGACAUCCUCCGUUGUCCGAGUGAACAUAUAACGCAGAUGUUGUAGUGAAUUUUUCAUCAUACAUAGGUCUGACCUUUUAUCUGUAUUGUCCUCAUUCAUUUCCUGUGCAAAUAUUUUUUUUUUAUCUAGCACAGUACAACACUUGCAUCUUUUACUUGAAUCAUGUCUGGAUACGACGCACAGUCCCCGUUUAGACAUGAAGACUCGCUUUCUCCCCCUGGUGAUUUCAGUAUAUGUGGGAUGCAGUUUUUGCCAAAUGAGAAAAACAAAUGUCUGUGUAAUUCACCGUAAAUGGAGAAAAUUAGGGUCUUAACCUCUUUGUAAUGUUGUAAAGGACUAGGAACAAAACGUCUUUGAUUAAAUGAACUUUUUAAUGUGAACUCUCCUGUGAGGCUCUGCACUUAUUUAUAGAUUUUAGGAAAUGUGCUACUUUAGGAAGCUAAUUUUGGCCUUUUCUACCAUUUUAUCAACCUUUAGCCUUAGAACACAAUCAUGUUAUUUUUUUUUUUUUUUUUUUAAUAUCAGUGUAGCUUCUUUCAAAAAUAAUCAUGCCACUUGUCUUAUUCUGCCCCUACUUAUCAUUCCGCAUUAUUCUCAUGCUUUUGUUUGUAUUUUGUGUUUAUAAAAUGGAAGUCAUAAACUUUGUAUUGCCAUA